AACGUUUGUCAUCGUUUUUCAUUAUUAUUAUUUUAAAAAUAAUAUAUUUGCUUCCUGUUAUUUUCAAUUGAAAAUAUGGAUUUUUUUUACAAUGCGCGUGGUGAUAAUGGAACUGUACGGUGUUUACACACAUUUUUUUCGAAUAAUGUUGUACACUUGUGACUUCGGACUUGUACGUACUUCAUUAUCAUUUUUAAUCGAAGCUGUAUGUAUAAAUGUGUUGGGGCGCCAUCGCUAACGGGUUGUAUAUUACGUUCGACCAUGUGACAUAUUGCCUGCAAUACAAUAUAUAUUAUGCUUGUAUACUGUUACGAGGUUCACGAAAAACGUUAACGAAAUCGCAUUGGUCGUCGACUAAAUAAGAUACAUAUAGCUGGCACUACAACAGUGUGAAGAUCAAAAGCGCAAGCCGUCGACGUUACAAGUUGUAUACAUAAAUACGUUAUCCAUGAGUAUUAUUGCGAAAUUCGAUGAGGACAAAUCGCUGAUCUUUUGUAUCGAAUCGAUAAAAGACUUAUAUUGUUAUUAUUAUUAUAUUAUAAAUGGGACAAGGGAAAUAUACAGAGAGUAACCGGCGGCAGUGGCGGCGUCGAUGGCGGCCUAGUUUCGGCUUUCCGUGAGGUCAUAACAUGUACGUACAAUAUUUAUACGUGUGUAUACGUCUCCACGAGUUCAUUUUGACGACCACUGAACGGCGGCGAACAGGUGAGCGCGCGCACACACACACAUACAUAAUUUAAUUCUUAUAUUGUGUGUUCUCAUCUCUAUUUCUCUUUCAAUCGCCCCGUCUUUGUAUCUCUCUCGGGCCUCACCGAAUGUACUGCGACCACCUCAAACACACUCGAUAAUGGUCUCGUAUGUGUGUAUGCGCGCGCUUGUGUGGUUCCGGCGCCCGGGGUGGAGGAAGAGAAUGUACUUGUGUGUGUGUGCGUGUAUGUUUGUGCGCGCGCGCUCGCGCUCAAACGUCGCCUACGACACGAUACGUACCUACUACGAAAACCUGUUGGAUGCUGGUUGACCUGGACCCGAACAAACAUCGAUUGUACCGUGCCGCCAGUACACGUUAUUGUGGUAUUAUAUAGUCGUGUACGUGUAUAACAUUAUGUAGUAUAGUAUACGGCAUAUUAGAUACCCGACAAAAUCGCUUCGAUUAUCGAUUGUUGUGCGCGAAUAUAACGCACAUCGAUAUAUCGUUGCGGUUAUACGACGGAGACAGGUAAAACCGCUUCAGGGCCAAACCGUACACAUAGCUCCGAGCCUUCCGCCGGUGACCACUCUAGUUUUUUUUCUGUAUAUUUUUAUUAUUAUUAUUAUUAUUUUUUUUUAUCGUUUUCCGUUAUCGUAUCUACAACCACCACCUGAUCUGUGUGACCCGAUCACAUGUGUCAGAAACUACCCCCUUUCCCCACCACACGCAUUACAUCGUACACCUACCAACAGCUCUACUCUGGGCGACGGCCACGUGACAUAAGUAUAAUGUGACGUCACAUGCCGCUAUGAACAUCAAAGACAUAUUGGUCAUGGAGGGCGACGAAGGUUCGAUGGAUAACCACGGCAGUGACGUCAUAAUCAUCAACAACAACAACAACAACGACAACUGCAGUGACAACGACAAUGCAAAACGGUGUAAGAGGAAAAUCGUCGAAGACGGAGGGUCGCUGUCCCCGCUGCAGCUACAGCACCACGACAACGGAGUGUACUUGCGGCACCGGCACAGGAACGAUCGACCGGGCGAACUGGAAGAAGAGGACCUGAGGCAAUCGGACGACGAGGAUCGGCUAGCCGGACAUGGUACAGUCGCGUCAAUCGGCAGUGGAGGUGGCGGGGGUAGUGGUGGUGGAGGCGGUGGUGGAGGAGGCGGCGGAGGCUCGUCACCGUUUAGCCCGCACCACCAUCACCACCAUCACCAUCACCGGAACACGACGCCCACCAACGCCGGUUCCAACAUGGGACACCACCAGGACUUCCAGCCACCGUACUUCCCGCCGCCGUUCCCGCCGGCCCACCAUCACCAUCAGCCGUCCACCGGCAACGCGUCUUCGCCGUCCGCCAUGGACUACAUCAACGACCCGUACUCGCAGACGCUCAACAGCCUGCACCAAAGCGCACAGGCCGCUGCAGCCGCGCACCACUACAAUCAGCUGACCGUGGCCGCGGUGUCUGUCGGCCAGCGGCACGAUGCCCUCCGCCGGUCGGACUCAGACUCCAUACACGUGGUGAGUGAAAUUUAUGAUUAUAAUGUCGUUGUCUAACUAUAUCGGCAUGGUUUGUACUUUGGGCUAUAGGGUUGAAAUUAUAAACAUAAAUAACAUUAUUAUCUGGGGAAUUAGGGAGCUCCAACCUUAAACAGUUUCCCUAUACAUGAUGCAUAAUGCAUAUAAUAUUAUGGUAACAGAUGGGUGCAUUUUGCAAGCAUAGGUACUGGAACGUGAACACAUUUGAUAUUUUAAAAAUAGAAAUUCAAUUUGAAAAUUCGUCAUCAAUGAAACAAAAUUGUAUUGCAAUAUAUUAUAAAUAAACUUGUAAACUAUUAAUUUUUCUUUAGCUACCUCUUAUCCUGUUUUUUGGAUUUUUGGUUUGGGCUUGUUUGUAGAGGCAAAAAUAUAAUUUGGCUCAUCAAAUAAUACCAAGAGGGUAACCAUACGAUCCUUCAAUAAUGCCACUUGUGCAGAUUGGGUGUACCUAUACUUGUAAACUGCAAUGCUGUGGUGUACACGCAAGGCCUUGAGGGUGGGAACAUACAAUUUGCCUCAUUACCACACCAUAUCAAAUUCGUCUGCCAUAAAAAAAAAUAUACCAUGUUUGACCAUGAUUUUUGUAAGGGGCUCUGUGUAGGCAAUUUCGAUGCGUAAACGAAAAUCUAAUGACUAAAAUUGUAUACAAAGUUACGAGAGCGGCUGAUACGUAAUGCCUCUUGACGCGUAGUCUUAAAAGUAUUAUACAUAGAAUAAUUAAUGAAAAACACACGUAUAGUAAAUUAAAUGAUUUUUAUUUACAUACUAUUAUUUUUCAACAUAACUACCUCCUAAAGCGAUACAUUUUUGCCAACGAUUUACUAAUUUAGAAAUGCCGUCCAAAUAAAAUUCUUCGGGUUGAGCAUUGAACCAUCGUUUAACUUAUCUAGUAUAAUAGCAGACGUAAUCUCACGUAUCUUUAAGAAAUUGUUGCAUAA